CCAAACUUCCGCGGGAACUUACAUCAACAAGCGAGUCUCCACCAAGCCUUCGUGCUCGGUCUGCGGAUUUGCCCCGACUUAAAUCCUUGGUUCUCAUACAGAAAAGGCACAGGAUAAGACAAUCAUGCAUGCCAUCCGACUCGCAACUGUGGGGGGUUGCCGAUUUGCAUGCAAAGUAAAUACCACUCUGUUGACGCAAAGAGUCACUGCUUUGGGCUGGCUUAUCUUUGUGGGAAUUAAGCCCAAUAAAUAAGCACAACAGCAUCCUCCAUGCCGCGCAACCAAGUAGUCCGGCUUCCACCCUUACGCGACCAGAUUCGGACUAUACGUGUCGCAAAGCAAAGAUGGCAUCCAAGGAGGACAACGCCGCCAUGGACGACACGACCAGGGCGCUAAAGUUCCUGCACGCCGGCGGGGACGAGCCCAUGGACGAGGAGGCCCGGAAGCGGCUGGUCAGGAAGCUGGACCUGCGGCUCAUGCCGCUGCUCUGCAUAACCUACGCGCUCCAGAGCAUCGACAGGACGACACUCAGCUACGCGGCCGUCUUUGGGGUGCGCGAGGACCUCGGGCUGACGAGCUCCGAGUUCUCGUGGGCCGGCGCCCUGCUGUACGUCGGGUAUCUGUUCUGGGAGUUCCCGACCAACCUCAUGCUCCAGAAGCUGCCCAUCAGCCGCGUAAUGGCCGCCACGGUCGUCCUCUGGGGCGCCGUGCUCAUGUGCCACGGCGCCGCCGUCGACUUUUCGGGACUGGCUGCGGCCCGCACCUUUCUUGGCGCCUUUGAGGCGUCCAUCAACCCGGGGACCAUGCUGCUCUUCUCCAUGUACUACGAGCGCAGGGAGCAGCCGCUGCGCAUGGGACUCUGGGUCGGCUCGGCGGGGAUAGGGUACAUCGUCGCCGGGAUCGUCACGUUUGGGGUGGGACACAUCCAGAGUCUGCUGCAGAGCUGGCGCAUUUUGUUCCUGUUCUGGGGCGCCAUCACGGUGGCGUGGGGUGCUGUGGUCUUUGUUUUCCUGCCCGGGUCGCCGCUCACGACAAGGUUCCUGAACGAGCAGGAGAGGAUCAUGGUGGUCAGCCGGGCCAAGACCAACGGGACGGGCAUGGACAACAAGCACUUCAAGUGGAAGCAGUUCUGGGAGGCCGUGAUGGACCUGAAGACUUGGCUGCUGUUUGUCUUUGCUGUGGCUAGCAAUACGCCAAACGGUGGAUUGACAGUCUUCCAAGGUCUCGUCAUUCAGGGGAUGGGCUUUUCUAGGCUCCAAACCACGCUUAUUCAGAUGCCCUCUGGAUGUGUGCAGUUUGUACUUUGUGUACUUGCUUGCUUCUUCGCCUCCCACUACCCCAACUGCCGCCUCAUAAUCAUGAUCGUAUGCCUGGUGCCGUUCCUGGCCGGCGUCCUAGGCCUCUGGCUGAUCCCAGAAUGGAACCGAUACGGCCGACUCGCCUGCCUUUGGAUAUCAUUUGCCUACACGGCGACCUGGACGCUCUCCAUGUCCGUUGCGACGGCCAACACGGCCGGCCACACGAAAAAGAUUACGACCAACGCCAUGCUCAUCAUCGGCUACUGCCUGGGCAACUUUGUGGGACCCUUCUUCUUUCGCGCAGAUGAGGCGCCACGCUACACCCUCGGCGUGGCCAUGAUGCUGGUCUGCGUCGGCCUGCAGAUUCUGUGUCUGCUCGGCAUACUCGCGCUCCUGUGGUCGAGGAACAGGUCGAGGCGCGAGGAGCACGCGCCCACGGUGGCUAAUGAACAGCAGGGUUAUGAGCGCAGUCUGUCGGACGAGACGGAUCUGCAGAAUAAAUACUUCAAGUAUGUCUACUGAGCCCGGGCGAUUUGGGUAAGCUUGAAGGUUAUAGAAGAGAAACACGGAAUGUCAUGUCUUUAUGAUUUCUUUUUUUUUUUUUUUUUUUUAGUGGUACUACCCUAGGUAGCAAUGCAAGCACUCUGGGGCCCUUGAGAUGAUGAAUGUCAUUGGCGAAUCCGAUUGGG